AUAUUUUGAUCUCUUACCACAAUUACCGCUCACGUUUGUACAUAAACUAUUUCCCACCUCCGUUUCCGCGUUCGAUUUAAGUCAAAUCACACAAGACAUAGUACCCUAGAACGCUAGAGAGACGACGAGGAGACAGGCAACAAACGUUGGGUGCAAGAGAAAAGCCGGAAAAUUAACGCUUAUACGCUUCGUUAUUCGCACAGUUCCGAGCUUAACAGCUGAAGGAAGAAAGCAUCAGAAGCAGCCGGCAAUCCAAAGCAUAGAAUUUUUGAAAGAAGGCAGUAAAAGCUUGAACGCGAUUGCAAAUUCAGGACAAACUAAAUAUAGUCAGAGGCCAAGUGGAAAACGGCAUCAAUCAACGUCAAUCAUCAGUGCGCAGAAGCAGCAAAACAGAUUUGUUUACUUUUUGGCCAAAUUGACACUGAAAACAUUUCGUUUCGAUUCAGACAGCAUUUUAACGCAUCUCAAUAUAUAAUAAUAUAUCAACAGUCUAGACGAAACGAAUAAUCAAAGUUUCGAUAAAGCCACACAAUUUUAACAUAAUAACAACAAGAACAACAACAAAACAAAAACAACGAAGCCAAGCAAAAUCAAAUCGCAGGAGCCGUCAGUCCGGAAAAAUAAAAAUCAAAGCAAAAUAAAACGAAAAGCAUGCAUAAGCAGUAAAACAUUUUCGGCUUCACGCUAACCGCUAAAUUUUUGCAACAGGGCCCCAAAAAACAAAAAUCAAAUCUUUCAACAAAAUCACCCAAGACGACACCAAACCAAGUCAAAUCAAGUCAAGCCAAGCAGAGCCGAACACGGCCAAAGGACAUGAGUCAAAAUUGAACUGAACUGAACGCCAAAAUUCUGCAGCAAAAGCGAAAAACUUUUUUGAAGCAUUCCAAAAAACAAAAACAAAACAUAAAACAAACGCAACCAUAACAGCAAAAUCAACCAGCUCUUUAAAUUAAACCAAGUUUUUUAAACAAAACAAACGCAGAAAUAACAACAAAAUACUUUUUCGAAACUCUCUGAAACCGAAAUUUAGAAGUGUAUUCAAAAAGGAGAAGUAAGAAUAUUAAUAAGUGGUUAACAAAAUAACAACAAAAACAUAGCGCAACAGAAUUUGUUUGAUUUUUUCUUUCGCACAAAAUCAAACCGAACGCGUGCCCCAAAACAGUCCGAACACAAUUAUUUUGAGCGCGUCACACAGUCGUCCCAAUAAAAACCAACAAACCACAACAAUAACAACCACAAUCAAAACAACAACCACAGCAAGCAACAACAGUCUAAAGAUGGCGUCCGAAUUGGAUCAAUUUGCUGACUUGGAAUUAUCGAAAGAGGAUCGUGAACAAAUUUUUGAUCCGCCACUGGAUCGACAGCAACUGGAAGGUGCUGGCACCUCAAGAGCUGCUGGUGGUCUAAACGGUGUCGAAUUUGAGGGUAGCAAGCUGCAUGCUGAACAAUUGGAUAAGAAUCAACGUCGCAGUCAACGGAAUCAACGUAAUCCGUAUCCGGGUAUGCCGGGACCAGGUCGCCAGGCAGACUUUCCGCUACGCAUUCUAGUGCAGAGUGAAAUGGUUGGUGCUAUCAUUGGGCGUCAGGGUAGCACCAUUCGCACCAUUACACAACAGAGUCGCGCUCGCGUCGAUGUGCAUCGCAAGGAGAAUGUCGGCUCAUUGGAGAAGUCCAUAACAAUUUAUGGUAAUCCAGAGAAUUGUACCAAUGCAUGCAAACGCAUUCUGGAGGUUAUGCAACAGGAGGCCCUCUCCACAAAUAAGGGUGAAAUCUGUCUGAAGAUAUUGGCGCACAAUAAUUUGAUAGGCCGCAUUAUUGGAAAGAGUGGCAACACUAUAAAGCGCAUCAUGCAGGAUACCGACACGAAAAUCACCGUUAGCUCCAUAAAUGACAUCAACAGCUUCAACUUGGAGCGCAUCAUAACGGUUAAGGGCCAAAUUGAUAAUAUGUCGCGCGCAGAGAAUCAAAUCAGCACCAAAUUGCGCCAAAGCUAUGAGAACGAUCUGCAGGCGAUGGCGCCGCAGAGUCUAAUGUUCCCCGGUCUGCAUCCGAUGGCAAUGAUGUCGACACCGGGCAACGGUAUGGUCUUCAAUACGAGCAUGCCAUUCCCCUCGUGCCCCAGCUUUGCUAUGUCAAAGACGCCGGCCAGCGUUGUGCCGCCGGUAUUCCCGAAUGACAUGCAGGAGACAACAUAUCUCUAUAUACCGAACAAUGCUGUGGGCGCCAUUAUUGGCACAAAGGGCUCACACAUUCGCAGCAUUAUGCGCUUCUCGAAUGCAUCGCUUAAGAUAGCGCCACUGGAUGCCGACAAGCCGCUGGACCAACAAACGGAACGCAAGGUAACGAUUGUUGGUACACCGGAGGGUCAGUGGAAGGCGCAGUAUAUGAUAUUUGAGAAGAUGCGCGAGGAGGGUUUCAUGUGCGGCACCGAUGAUGUACGUCUGACGGUUGAACUGCUGGUUGCCAGCUCACAAGUCGGUCGCAUCAUUGGAAAGGGUGGCCAGAAUGUGCGUGAGUUGCAGCGUGUCACGGGCAGUGUUAUUAAACUGCCAGAGCACGCACUCGCGCCACCUUCGGGCGGUGAUGAGGAGACACCUGUGCACAUUAUUGGACCAUUCUACAGCGUACAGUCCGCGCAGCGUCGCAUACGCGCCAUGAUGCUCUCCACGAAUCCGCCUCCAGUGACCAAAAAACAGAAAGCUGCCAAAGAACAACAACAAUUACAACAGCAACAACAACAACAGCAACAGAGCUUAGCCAGCGCUGCUCCGAGUGGGACUCAACAACAGCAGCAGCAACAGCAAUCGCCGCCGCAGCAGCAGCAGCAGCAACAGUCGCUGCCGCAGCAAUCGCACCAUCAAUCGUCGUCGGCGUCGUCGUCGGCGCCGCCUGCUCAUCAUCAGCAGGCGUCGUCGCCAGCGGCUCCGCACCAAUUGCAGCAGCAGCAGCCGUCGCCACCGCCUGGCAAUGCCGCGGCAACCGCGGCUCAACAGCAACAGCAGCAGCAGCUGGCUAGCUCCCAGCAGUAGAAGGCGACAUCAACAACAAGAACAUAAAUCUAACGACUACAACAACAAAAAGCAGCAACUAUAGCAACAGCAACAAUUAACAGUCACACUCAAAUUCUUCAUACAGCAGCAGCAGCAGCAGCAGAUAAGCAGUUAAUAAUUCAAAGCAGAUGCUAAAUUUGGUAACGAGGAGAUAAAUGCAAGCAAGCGAUCAGCAGCAAGCGCUUUUAUCUUCCCUCCAUUCCCCCUUCCCCAACAGAAUGCAAUGUAGCAUUCAGUCGCUUCUUCAGUUGGCCAGGCCAGGCAACCCAACGACCCAGAGGCGGUUAUCAUUCCGACCACAAAGAAGUAAGCAAAGCACAGCACAGAAAUGCGAACAGAAUACAAGAAAGCAAGACCUGUAAGAGGCUUAAUUUUCUGUAUAACAGUUUGCAAGGUCGGAACUUCUAAAAUGCGAUUAAAACGAAUUAUUUAACAAA